AGAAGCCAUUUUGAUCGAAUUCAUCAUGGUCUCCAGGGAGUUUGUGCAGUGUCACAAAGGACCUAUGCUGAUCAAGUUGAUGCCGAUGUCACAGUUAUUGGCUCUGGUCCUGGAGGGUAUGUUGCUGCUAUCAAAGCAGCUCAGCUUGGAUUUAAGACUGUCUGUGUAGAAAAAAAUGAAACAUUAGGUGGAACCUGUUUGAAUGUUGGAUGUAUUCCUUCCAAGGCCUUGCUGAACAACUCACAUCUGUAUCACCUGGCCCAUGGAAAAGAUUUUGCCAAUAGAGGAAUUGAAAUUACCGGAAUCCGUUUGAAUCUGGAGAAGAUGAUGGAACAGAAGAGUGGUGCAGUGAAGGCCUUAACAGGUGGAAUUGCCCAUUUAUUCAAACAAAACAAGGUUGUGCAUGUAUCUGGGUUUGGAAAAAUAACUGGCAAAAACCAAGUCACGGCAGCCAAAGAAGAUGGCAGUACACAAGUCAUCAAUACAAAGAACAUACUUAUAGCCACAGGCUCAGAAGUUGCUCCCUUCCCUGGAAUUACUAUUGACGAAGAUAAUAUUGUGUCGUCCACUGGUGCACUGUCGCUGAAGAAAGUUCCUGAAAAGAUGGUUGUCAUUGGUGCAGGAGUCAUUGGUGUGGAACUGGGUUCAGUUUGGCAGCGCCUCGGUGCAGAUGUGACAGCUGUUGAGUUCAUGGGCCAUGUUGGUGGAAUGGGAAUUGACAUGGAGAUCUCUAAAAACUUCCAACGUAUUCUUCAGAAACAGGGACUUAAGUUUAAACUGAACACCAAAGUUACUGGUGCUACCAAGAAAUCAGAUGGAAAAAUUGAUGUAGCUGUUGAAGCUGCUGCUGGUGGCAAGGCAGAAGUAAUAACUUGCGAUGUGCUCCUGGUUUGCAUCGGUAGACGUCCUUUUACAAAAAAUCUAGGUCUGGAGGAUAUUGGAAUUGAACUCGAUAAGAGGGGGAGAAUCCCAGUCAAUAACAGAUUCCAAACCAAAAUUCCAAACAUCUAUGCUAUUGGUGAUGUAGUUGCUGGACCUAUGCUGGCCCACAAAGCUGAGGAUGAAGGCAUUCUGUGUGUGGAAGGGAUGGCUGGGGGAGCAGUUCACAUUGACUAUAACUGCGUACCCUCCGUGAUAUACACUCACCCUGAAGUGGCCUGGGUUGGCAAAUCGGAAGAACAGCUGAAAGAAGAGGGUAUAGAAUACAAAAUUGGGAAAUUUCCCUUUGCUGCGAACAGCAGAGCAAAGACAAAUGCUGACACGGAUGGCAUGGUGAAGAUACUUAGUCAGAAAUCAACCGACAGGAUGUUGGGGGCUCACAUUUUGGGCGCAGGUGCUGGUGAAAUGGUUAAUGAAGCUGCCCUUGCUAUGGAAUAUGGAGCAUCAUGUGAGGAUGUAGCCAGAGUCUGCCAUGCCCAUCCAACAGUGUCAGAAGCCUUCAGGGAAGCAAACCUAGCAGCAUCUUUUGGCAAAGCUAUCAACUUCUAAAAUGAAAGAGCAGAUAUUUGUAUGUGUAUAGUACAUCUCUGAAAAUGGACUGUGGGCCCUUGUGGAAGGCCGAGUCUGAGCAUUUUGGGACUGAAUGAAGUGAAUCUCUUCAUUUUAAACAUCAGAUAUUUAAACAAGUAGAGUUUGGAACAAGUGGAAUUAUCCAGUCUCUGUAAAUUAAAUACUUAAAACUACAUGUUUAUUUACAUGAUGAAUGAAUGUUGCAGAAAAACAGCUGACAGAACUCUUCUCUUUUUCAAAACCAAACAUUUCACUGCUGCACGGGAUUACCAGGUGUGCUGGUCAAAACUCUGGGUAAGUGUCCAGCAUACCUGGUGUUUUCUUAUUUGAAGUAGUGAUAAACUAAACCAGUUGAAUGCUGGUACUUAACAAUACCACUGGCACUUAAAAUGCCACUGUCACUUCCGCACAAAAAUGUGUUUCCUUCUGAAAGGAUUAACGUUGGUAUUUAACCUACUUCUUACAUACAAGUUCUUUACGUACCAAAACUUGUUUUGACCUAGU